AAAAUUUUGCAAUUCUGGCUGGGAAAAGUGUCGGGUCCUCUACAGGGCCGACGAUCGAGGGAUCUACAUUUUGUCUCAAAGAUCGACAUUUUGUCUCAAAGAUCGGCGACGUAUUUCUCGGGGGAUUUCGGAAUCAUCUAUUUUAA